UCUGUUUCCAAUUUUCCCCAAACAACCUGCCCAUCUGUUUCCAAGUCUCUCUCUCUCUCUCUCUCUCUCUCUCUCUAAAAUUCCUUUCUUCGUCCCCUUUGUUUUCCCUUCCCACCACUUCACCCAUCUCAGACAUCACAAUCUCCCCCAAUCCAAUCCACAACCUUGAUCUAAUUCACUCACUCUUUCUCUCUCUUCAAGCAAAGCCAAGCUCAAACAGAGAAAAUACCCAAAUCAAAAAAUGGCAUCUUUACCAUCUCCGCCAUGUCCAUCUAACUCGUUCUUCUACAACAACUCUCUCUGCGCUUGCAGCCCUGGUUACCUCUACAACUCCACCGCCAAGACCUGUGAGCUGUUCCAGGUCUCUGGCGAUUCAUGGGUUGUGGACUCCGGUGUUGACUACUCAUUAUCGUUCCCGGAGACCAUCUUCUCCUUUGACUCCAUCAAGAGGUUCACGCAGUCUCAGGCCGUGUUUCUUGAAGCCACCGUCGUCUUGCUCCUCUCUUGGCUCGCUUUCUGCUGCUUCGUUCGCUUCCGGAAGCUCCGCGAUGGCCGCAACAUCUGGUUCCAGAUCCGGUGGUGGAUUAGCCGCUUAGACAUCUGUUUCUCCACUCGCCAUUGGCUGGAUGAUCAGAAGGUUGUUGUGAAGCGGAAAACAGAACUUGGUGGAACUUUCUCAAUAGCAAGUUUAAUUCUUUUUAUUGGUUUAUUUGCCGCGUUGCUCUACCAAAUCAUAUCAAAGAGUAAAGUUGAGGUUCAUAAUGUGAGAGCAACAAAUGCACCUGAUUUAGCAUCCUUCACCAAUGACAUGGAAUUCAAUAUUACUACUGUUUCUACUAUGAGUUGUUCACAUUUACGCGACAUUGGUACUUUAGUUGUUGGGAAUCCAGGUUUCAUUGAUUAUAGGGUUGCUCCUCUUUCAACCUUUGCUAAUUAUUCAUGCUUGAAUACCACUGAGGGACCAACUAUGAUUUUUAAGUGUGACAAUUGUCAGCUUAUUCGAGACAGUGUCUAUAUAUCAUGGCAGUUUGGUGAUCUUCCAAAUGACCCUGCAACUGCUGUUGGAUUUCAGUUCAACCUCAGUGCGAAGAACCACAUAGGCAAAAAGCAUUUGAGUUUUGUCGGUGGGAUGCUAAAGAAUGGAAGCAAUCGUGAUGACAAACCGAUUACGUACAGAGGGGCAGUUCCAAAUAUAUUGAAAUUUAAUUUAUUUCCACGAAUUUACAAGAAUCUACAUGAUCUUAAGCUUAUCCAACCAAUGUUUCAUGAGUUUCUCCCGGGUUCAUCUUAUAGUAAUACAAGUCAGCUUCAGGCUUCACUUGAAAGCUCUAACAACGGUCUAAUCAAUAUCACGUUGUAUGUCAAUUUUCUCUCAGCCUAUGUUGCAGAGAUUGAUAAUCAAAAUAUUUUGGGGCCUGUGGGCUUCCUUGCAGAUCUUGGUGGCCUUUAUUGUAUAAGUAUUGGGAUUUUUUUCUACUUCUUGGUGCAAUGUGAGUACAGAAUCAAGAAGCUUCGUAAUGAGGAUAGCAUUAUGCGAAAGAUUAGAAAUCGGCGAAAGGCUCAAGACCGCUGGGAUAAAUUGAGAAAAUAUGUAAUGUACACGUGGGGUUGCAACACAUUGGAUGAUAGUUACAACAAUAUCAGGGAAGGGACUUGUUGCUCUAGUUUCAUGGUUGAGUCAUUGCACAAAAAUGGAUCGUCAGUUAAGCACAGGCAACACAACAAAAUGGAUACUAUCAGUUUUAAUAGGAAAAUCAACUUUCCUUGUGAGAAGGUAAUACAUGGUGAUUCAUGCUACAGUAAUACUAGUAAGGCUACUCCAGGGCAGAUCCAGACGCAAGCAGCCCAGUCUUGUGUUGCUAAAUCUACAUCAAACUUGGAAGGGAGGCUAUCAUGUUCGAGGAGUGAACCAGUUCUGGAAAGUAAGAUGUUUGGAGCUGUGAGAAAUGGAAAACAUGAACAUCAUAUUGGUUCACAUGAUGGAGAUGUCCCCAAGUCUCAAGCAUUUCCUACUACUGACAAUUAUUCGCUUCCUCCACCACCAUCACUAGAAUUUAAGUCUGGUUCUGAAAUCAGUAUGUCUGAUAUCAAAAAGAACUUCCAAAGUCUGUAUGAAUACAAUGUCAUGCUGAGGGAGAGGUUGGUUACUGCUCAAUCCAUGAUUCAGUCUUUAACAACAAAAGCCUCAUCUUCGAGAGAGCAAGAAAGCCGAAAAUAAGAUUGGACGGUAAUUCAAAUGAGUGGAGGAGCUGUUGAAACUCCAAAACCGCUAAAAGUUUCUGUCAGACCUUCCCAAGAAUGUGUUGCGAAAUAGUUCAUAGAUAUGUGUCGUUGGGAAGAGAUUUAUUGUAUUGAAGGAUCUUGUGCAAUCAUCGGAUUAUUUUGCUAUUUCUAAGAUCCUACUUAUUGGGGGGUGACUCUCAUUGCUUGAAGGAAAAGUGAGAAAGUAUGUGUGGCAAUGCAAUUGGUUUUAUUCAUGGAUCAGUCGGAGGUCUUCCCAGUACGUUGUUUCGUAUCUUGAUUACACUUGUGUGGCAAGGAAUUCAUAUUUUUUUCCUUUUGUUACACUAAAAAUAUGGUUUAGGGGCUUGGAAUCUUGGAUCUUUGCAGAUAUUGGAAUUCGAAACUUGCAUUUUCUGAAGAAAGCCUCAAGUCAUCUGUCUUGUAAUUUGUAAGAUUGUAAUAUUUGUACAGUGUGUUGAAAAGGGGAAAAAAAAGGAAGAUAACCAUGAUAUUCGAUAGAUUAGAAGGUCAAUUACACUGACACCUAUUUAUGCUAAUUCAUUAGUAGUUCUGUA